CUCAGAGCCAGAUUCUGGGCUUACUGACCAGGCGGCUGGGCUCUUCCGGGACACAUGAGGCUUACAGCCCAGAGGCUGGCGUAGGGAGGUGGCCUGGAAUACCGCAGCCACCCUGGGACCUCAGCACCCACGCCCAAGCCGACUCAGAAGUAAUGGAGAACUCCUCUGUGGCUUCAGCAUCCUCUGAAGCUGGAAGUAGCCGCUCGCAGGAAAUUGAAGAGCUGGAGAGGUUCAUUGAUAGUUAUGUUCUGGAAUAUCAAGUUCAAGGGCUCCUGACAGAAAAAGCAGAAGGAGAUGAUGAAAGUGAUAAAGCUCAGUCGAAUGUGUCACAGUGGACAGUAGAAUGUAAUGACCAACUGGAUGUCGGUGGUUCCUCGCCAAAGAAUAAAGAACCAUCUCAUAGCUACAAACAGAAUGGCAACAAAGAGGGGUCGCUGGAUGUGCUUGGCACUGACAUCUGGGCAGCUAGUACUUUCGACUCUAUAAGUGGCGCAACUUGGGAUUUGCAACCGGAAAAAUUGGACUUCACUCAGUUUCACCGUAAAAUCUGCAACACCCCAAAACAUCCACUUCCUCAGAUAGACCGUGAGGGGUGUGGGAAAGGAAAAUGUGAAGAUGGAGAUGAAAUUAACCUGAAUGACAUAGAGAAAGUACUACCAACAUGGCAGGGAUAUCACCCCUUGCCUCAUGAAGCAGAGAUUGCACACACCAAAAAAAUAUUCCGAAGAAGAAGAAAUGACCGAAGGAAACAGCAGAAAGCACAAGGGGGCAACAAACAACUACAGCAACAACACAAUGAGCAUCAACAAGUUACUGCCAAACACAACAGCAGAGAGCACCAGAAACAAUACCAAGGAGUACAAGCACCUCACUCCUCAGGCAAGCAAGGCCACCAUGCCUAUAGCCAAAACCGCAGAUGGCACCACAACCAGAAGCACCAGCCAAAUGACAAAGACCUUCAGAGAAAUGCCAAAGAAACUGAUAGCUUGAAAAUCGAGGACGACUCAGUUUGCACUGUACAUAUCCCAUUGGAAAUUACCACAGACCCAACAGAUAAACCGUCUCCCCAGACAAGCCCGAAAUCAGAAACAAAUCGAAAAAACAGUAUUCAGAACCAUGAGCGGCCUAAAGUGAAACUGCUCCAGUCUUCGAAAGACCGGCUGCGUAGGCGACUUAAAGAGAAGGAAGAAGUUACUGUUGAAUCUACUAAUCCCCAGAAGACCAAAAUGGAUAAACUAAUAGAAAUAUUAAAUAGCAUGAGGAAUAGCACCAGUAAUGUAGACUAUAAUCUCACAACCUUUAUGGAAGAAGCCCAGAACUCUGCAAACUCUGAGGAGAUGCUGGGUGAGAUAGUAAAGACUAUUUAUCAGAAAGCAGUGACGGACCGGAGCUUUGCACACACAGCCGCCAAGCUCUGCGACAAAAUGGCGCUGUUUAUGGUGGAAGGUACCAAGUUUAGAAGUUUGCUACUCAACAUGCUCCAGAAGGAAUUCUCUGUGCGAGAGGAAUUGCAUCGGUCAGACGUAGAGCGAUGGCUUGGGUUCAUCACCUUCCUGUGUGAAGUAUUUGGCACCAUGAAGAGCAGCACAGGAGAACCUUUCAGAGUACUUGUGUGCCCUAUCUACAAAUGCCUCAGGGAGUUGCUGCAGUCUCAUGAUGUCAAGGAAGAUGCCGUUUUGUGCUGCUCUAUGGAGCUGCAGAGCACUGGUCGCCUGCUGGAGGAGCAGCUGCCCGAGAUGAUGACAGAGCUAUUGGCGACAGCACGAGACACAAUGCUUUGUCCCUCUGAGUCUAUGCUGACACGGUCUCUCCUACUUGAGGUCAUAGAACUACACGCCAACAGCUGGAACCCCCUGACUCCAACCAUCACACAGUACUACAACAAAACUAUCAAGAAACUAACAGGCUGACAAAGACACCAUCAUGUCAAGGGGUUGCCAACACAAGGGGCGAAAUUCAAGGAAGCCAGAAUGUACCAAACAAACUGGGCUUGCAGACUUUUCUAUUGAAGAGACACAUUAUGAAAACAAACAGCAUGCUUGAGAACUUAUUCAACAAGGGGGAAUCAGCCUUCUUUUCAGCCCAGUCCCCUAAUCCAGACACAACCCCCCCGACACACACACACACACACUAUAUGUUCUCUCAUUUGCAUAUUCAAUAGGAUGCAGCACACGCACUAAGACAUUGUCACAGUGGGUGCAAUAGAAACGUGUAUUGAAAGACGAGUGGCUGCUAUUGUUUACACAUUAUUGUGAUGGCUUACUCUAGCCAACUGGAGACAGCUCAAAGCAGAUGUCUCAGAAAGACAAAAGAAGCUCACCAGACAUUCAUAAGUGACUGUGUCUAUUGUCAGGGAGCUGAACACCGAGGAUUUUUUUUUUUAAUAGAGCAUUGGAACAUGAAUUGACAAUUUAGAAGAUUUCACGGGUUAUUAUUUGCACUGGUUUAUUUCUUUUGAAAGAGGACAAUUUUAAUUUUAGUUGGUUGGUGGAAAGAAAGAAGAAGAAAAAAAACAAAGAACCAGGCUUGAAUUGUGUAGGUAGGGGGAUAAGGACAGUAUAUAAUGGGGAAGAUAAUAAUGUGGCUAUUAUUUUAUUAUUAUAUGGCUGCUAUGAUGUGACACAUUAUGAAGGUUUAAAAGGCAGGGCUUAAUUUUAUUAUCAGUUACUAAAAUUACGCUUACUCGCUAUAGUAAUCGUAUAGUAAUCAUUAUUUCAAAAUUGAAAUUAAAACAGCAGGUUCUGUUACUAACUCGUUCUGCCCAGGAAGUUCUGAAAAUUCUUAAUUUCCAUAAAAUAAGUAGGUAUGUUUAGAUAAUGCCAGUAAACUCCCUCAAUAAGUUAUCAAACAUUAGUUGGGUAAAAAUCCCCCUGGUUACCAGCGGAGCUGUUUUUAAUGUAUCUCGUAUGUAAUUGUUAGCCAUCUUGUGUUUUAGCCAUGACAUACUUCAUGUAAUGCGAAUACUUUACACAUUUUAGUCAAACAUUUAUAACUAAAGAAGCAUUUUUGUGGUGAAGCCAGAGACCGUGUGUAACACAUUGCAAAGCUUUAGAGAGGCCAUCUUGCAUUUUUUUUUUUUCUUAAACAUUAUCUGGUCCUGAAUUAGUUAAAGCUGAUUAACUUGCAACUUCACAAUGUUUGGGUGUAGUGAGCUUACAAUAUACAGAGUGGGUUUGUACCACUUUUAUUUGUUCUUACAGUAGAGACAUUUCUACAGUAUUUCUCUUAUAGCUCAUUUGUAUGUCAUUAAAUGCUAUUCAUGUGUA